GCCCCGCGCCGCAACCUCUCACUCACCGUCGCCGGCUUGCUAUCGCCAUCCAGUGUUACCUUUGACGGUCGAAUGCAUGGACGUUCGCCGUCAGUGACGUCGCGGUCGACACUCGUGCAACACGUCUAUGAUGUUUCGGUGAUUUCAAAGUCGAACUCGUGAGUGAACGAUAACUCGUUGCCUAUCAAUACUGGAACACAGUGACACGUACAAAUUGUACUACCCUGGAUUUGGAUGCUUUUGGUGUUUUGUGAAAAGUGAACUUUUGCAUGUUUGUGGAUUUUUGUGCAGUGGCCCCCCAAAAAGGAUUGCAAGUGACAUAAAAUUUGGAUUUUGACGGAUGUUAUUCGUAGUGCAUCAAAAGGAUCUCUAUCUUCGUGAAGUGAUAACAAAAGGGUGCUGGCAAUCGACAGGACGGCGAACUCUAGUGGCUCGUCUGGCUACACAACCAUCGGAUACCAGGGAGCACACGCUCCCGACACCGGCAAACACAACUCCCAGCAAGGGACCAUUGGUUACAGAGUCAACAAUCCUAGCGGCAAUGGGUGCGCCGGCGGUCCGGGCGCGAUGAGCGGCGGCGGCGAGAACGCGCAGUUCGGCGCCACCGCCGCAAUGGUCGCCGCGGCCACCACGGCCGCGAUGCAGGACUCGCAGCCAUUCUCGCAGAUGCAAAACAACAUGACUAUGGGAAACCCCCAAUAUGGCGCGAUGAAUGGCUACGCCCAGCAGCGCAGCCAUAACCCAGCGAUGACUGGCAUGGGAAUGGCGGGAAACGGUGGGAUGAAUGGUAUGACCGGAAUGGGCCAGAUGGGCAAUUCCGGCAUGAACGGCAUGAAUGGCAUGAAUCCCAUGGCGCAGAUGGCUAAUAUGGGUAUGCACGCUAAUAUGAUGCCCACUCAAAUGGGCCCCGGUCAAAUGGGUGGAUCUGCGAAAAUGGGACCUGGAUAUCAGAGGCGACAUACACCGUACCCGUCUGGAACCAUGUUAAUGAACCAGAGAAAAGGUCAAUACAUGGGUGCUCAGCCAGGAUUCGGCCCAGGGCAAUACCCUGCCGGAUACGGCGGCAGACCGGGCUUCCAAGGGCAAUAUCCUCCCCAGCAACCAUUGGGGCCUUCUGGAAACUUUGGGGCAUCAAUGAGGGGAAAUAUGAGGCAAACGACGCCGCCGUAUUCGAACCAAGGGCAAUACUUUAACGGUGGCGUUCCUAACCAAUAUCCUCAGCACCAAGGGGGGAACGGGCAGUAUGGUGGUCAAUAUAGCGGACAAUUUGCGCAGGAAGUGGCCAUGCGUACCAAUAUGAGCUACCAGCAUAGUCCCGUGCCCGGAAAUCCCACGCCACCUCUAACGCCAGCAAGCAGUAUGCCGCCAUACAUUAGUCCAAAUGCUGACGUAAAGCCCCACUUCAAUGAGCUCAAACCACCGAUGGGCAUGCAAAAUGGUGCGUAUCUAUUUUCAGAUGACGAGCUCCGGUUAACAUUCCCCGUAAGAGAUGGUAUUAUACUGCCUCCGUUUAGAUUAGAACAUAAUUUAGCAGUUAGCAAUCAUGUAUUCCAAUUAAAACCCACGGUCCACUCAACAUUAAUAUGGAGGUCGGACCUUGAGUUACAACUGAAAUGCUUCCAUCACGAGGAUCGGCAAAUGAACACAAACUGGCCAGCGAGUGUUCAGGUGUCAGUCAAUGCAACGCCAUUAGUCAUAGAUAGAGGCGAGAACAAAACAUCACACAAACCGUUGUACCUGAAAGAAGUGUGUCAACCAGGCAGAAACACGAUACAGAUCACAGUCUCAGCCUGCUGUUGUUCACAUCUAUUUGUAUUACAAUUAGUCCAUCGACCGAGCGUCCGAAGUGUUCUCCAAGGACUACUAAGGAAACGAUUGCUAACAGCAGAUCACUGUAUUGCAAAAAUAAAGAUGAACUUCAACCAGACGCCAGCAAACAGCAAUGGUUCGAACACAGCUAACGAUCGGGACAGUGUGGAACAAACCGCAUUGAAAGUAUCGUUAAAAUGUCCUAUCACAUUCAAGAAAAUCACGUUACCGGCGCGCGGCCACGAAUGCAAACACAUACAGUGUUUUGACUUAGAAUCCUACUUGCAACUCAAUUGUGAACGAGGAUCUUGGAGAUGUCCUGUUUGCAAUAAACCAGCGCAGUUAGAAGGCCUAGAAGUAGAUCAGUAUAUGUGGGGGAUACUCAAUACGCUAAAUAGUUCCGACGUAGAUGAAGUAACCAUUGAUAGUGGGGCUAAUUGGAAAGCGGCUAAAAGUCCGUCGAGUACUGGGAUUAAGCAAGAAGACGAUAGUGACAACAGCGUAGGAAAACGAGGAAAGGCAGUUUCACCGGGUUCGAUGAAUAUGCCGACAAUGAACAACUGGGAUAUGAACCAAGCAUUAUCUCCUUACCUUCCUCCCGACAUGAACACUAUUGCCAGCGGCUCCAUGAUCUCAUCGUACAACCAAAGUGGGCAGAAUAGGAAUUCGGGCUCGAAUAAUCAGAACUACGAUUUCGGCAUGAACAAUGGCCCUGGAAGCAACGAGUUUGCUGGCAACGGUCCACUGUCACACUUGAAUGAUAGCGUCAACUCGUUAGAUCCUCUCAAUGCAAUGGAGAAAAGUUUGAAUGAACAGAUGCCUCACACACCUCACACGCCACACACGCCCGGAUCAGCACACACGCCGGGAGGCGGCGGUGGAGCACACACUCCCGGUUCCUCUCACACGCCGGGUCCUCCUUCCGUUGGCCAUCACAGCCUUAAUGAAGUUGAUAUCCCGGGAGAUCUCAAUUUUGACCCUGCUGCCGUUAUCGACGGCGAGGGAACCGAUAAUCUCAAUUUGUUGCCAGAAACGAGCGUAGAUCCGAUGGAAUUACUGUCGUAUUUGGACGCUCCUGCAUUGGGCGAGUUACUAGCAACGCCACCGUCAUCAUCGUCUUCUGCUGGAUCACAUCCGCCUCGAGCGCCAUCCUCAGACGACUUGUUGGCAUUAUUUGAAUAACUUUUCGCCAUGCAGAUCUCAGACGAAUAUACGUAACGAGAAACGAACCAGAACAGCCAGCAUUGCAAAAGAAGCUUUCCCACCGCUCUAUGAUAUAGUUUCCAAAUUGGCAAAAAUAUUUUUAAGGUAAUCUCUUUGUAAUUCUGUGUUUUUACUCUUUUUUUUCAUAAAUAUCUCAAUUACAUUCGGUCAAUUUGCAGAACUAACAGUAUUAUGACAAUGUUCCUCUGGUAACCAGUUAAUUGCAAACACAUUUGAUCGCUUUCUCGUUGCGCAGAUAAUUCCGAUGUGAUUUGUUGAUCCUUAGGUUUAGUGAGGCGUUGGUUUAACUCGCUUUCAGGCCAGCGAAGCCCGACAUUGUGAUACUAGAUUUUAGUUUCUUCUCCUUUUGUGGUAAUGUUGAACAUGCAUGUUGCGAGUAUAACUGACGGAAUCUCGGUGACCUAAAGGUACACACACGUGUCUAUGAAAUGGGCAUGUGAUGUUGAGCAUUAUUUCACGAAAGCAUCGACAAUUGAUACGUUGGUGUAUGAGAAAAUUUUAGCUUAUAGGUAAAGUAUUGAGGCGGGGCGUUCGCCGCGCCGGCCAUAAACACUGCGGUGUUGUGCAUGUAUAGUUCCUCGCACCGCCGCGCAAACGGUGGCGCUACUGAGCUCCUUAUAUUCUAAACUCUAGCAUAAACUGUAACACAAAUCAUAGAUAAAUUCAAUUUCGUAUUCGAUAUGAUAUAAUCUACUAGAGUUUUGAUUUGUGUCUACUAUUUGUGGAUCGUUGCCGAGUGUACAUAAAGAGGAGUUAUUUUAUUUGUGCUAGUUGUUUUAGUACUGCAAGAGGUGUCAGUCGCUGCGACUUGUAAAUAUACUAUAACGUACCGCGCGUCGCCUGCUUGGAGGCAUUAUGAAUCUUAUAGUUCCUAUUCGAUGCGAGCGAACUAUAAUGUUCAAUUGCCAUUUAGGUACUUUGAAAUAUUCCUUGACGUUUUCGCAUAUUCUGCAUUUUUAUAGUAAGAUAUGAUAGGUUUAGUGAGUAUAGCGCUACUCGCAUAAUGGGUGAUAUAAUUAAUCUAAAUGAGUUGUUCGAAAUCAACAAAUAAAUGGUAACAAAUUAGUUACAAAACUAUAUUGUAAAUGUGAGUGCAAAAAUGAACUCUGUUAAAUUAUUUUGCGUUAUGUGAAGCGAAGAAUGAUAGAAAUAUAUUUUAAUUUCUAUAUAAAUAGUAAUGAACUGUAUUAUUUGUAAAUAUAAUUUUAGUUAAGAAUAUUAUAUUACCUAGUUAUAUUUUAGAUCAUGGCAGAUACUUAUACGACGGCCAGUUUAGUAUAGUAUUACUAAAAUAUAAAGUCUACACAUGGUUUUACAUGUACAUAAUACAAAAUACUGUAUUACAUUUGUUCAGAGUACAGAGAAUAUCGGUUUCUCAUAAGUAUCGAAUCAACAGAAACAUUCUGAAUCAUUGAAAAUACUAUGUAGUUCAAUAGUUAGUUCAAUUUAGUAAAAAAAUUGCAGCAUAUUGAAUGUUAACGCUAUGUUCAACUUCCGAAGCGUUAUCUAUCACCUCUAAACUAAGCUCUGUACUCUGAUACGUUUCUUUAAUCACAAGUGCAAAUAUGCCAAUAUACAUACAUGAAAAUUGUCAUAAAUCUUUGCUCAUCUUAAUUUUGUUUCAAAGACUUCAAUGUACAGAUCAUCUUAAAAUAUAUAAAUAUUCAAUAAAAUCAAGCAAUAAUGAAAUAAGAUUAUAUAUUUAUCAGUUAACUGAGAGAAUAUAUAUGUAUAUCUUUGUUGAUUUAUGUAAUUUUAUCAAAUUAAUGAAAAAUAAUAUGGAUAAAAAUUGUGAUGAGCAUCGAACUGACAAGUCUUGUUUCACAUAUUUUCAAAUGUUUCAUUUACUUUUUUGGCGUUUUGACGCUAUGUUAAAGUAAAGAAAAAACAUUAUUUCUUUUUUAUUGUUUUUUUUAGAUACACAUUUGUGGAAGUUUCUAAAUGGAAUUAAGUUCCCAAAUUUCAAUCAUCCUUACUCCAUAAUUCAUUUAGGUGUUGUGAAAUUUUCUGACAUACUUAUAUAAAUUUUAAAAUAACAGUUAAUAAAUAUCUCUAACUUAGAGUUGUAUGUAAACUGUCAAUACUUUCACUAACUUAUGUAAAUUUGGUGAUUUGCGCAUCUUUACUUCAUGCUAUGAAUAUGGACGCCUCUUUAGAGUUAGUCAACUAUUACGAAAACAAUAAAAUUAGUAUUAUACAAAGCCGUGGUCAAUUAUUCAGACAACUGGAGCGAUAUACGUGAGUUUUUGUGGAUCAAUUAAUUGCUAUUUAUAAUGAAUGAAAAAUUUUACCUACAAAGUAAUUGUAUGUCUAGUUGAUCAUGGCUUUAACAUUAAAAUACAUACUUUUAAGGGACCUUCAAUUCCAGUUAGCUAGUUCUAUUUAUUGUAGUAAAUAUUGCUUUUGGAUGGAUCAUCAUAACGAUUUUUGUAAGACCAAAUAGUACUUUUUUACUCGUAUACCUGUUUUAGGUAAUAAAAAUAAUAAUUUCAUUUGUAUAAAAUCAAAAAUAUCACAAAAAAUGUAUAGCAUAUCACAUUUAAAAGUACAAAAAUCGAGUUGUAUGAUCUGUCCAAAUGAGUAAAUGAUUACAAUAUAUUUUGUUGAAUAUUAUUAUGAACUGCUGCUGAAUGGAGUAGAUUUUGUGCUCGCACAAAUAAGAUGCAGCAUUUGGAAAUAAGUGAAAGAAGAAUUCUAAAUAAGGUGCGACUACCUAUGACCCGGAGUUCUGUAAGCCAAACUGUACGGUAGGAUAAAUUUUGAACUUCAUCUGAGCAUUUUAGUAAUCAGGUUGAUACCCACAAAAAUUCAUUUUGAAAUGUGUAAAAUGGAAAAAAAACAUAACAUUUUUAUGUUAUUGAAAAUAAAAUGAAUUUAAAAAUUA